CGACUACGAGUAACAAAAAUAACGUCCCUCCAACUCAUAUACGUUUUCAUUUUCUCAUUAUACCAAUCUGCCAGACAGAAAGGGAAGAGGAGAAACAACUCGCAGUUCUUCCUUCCCUGAACCCCUUCUUCCCAUUCCCAAUUACACCCAAAAAAAAAAUGAGUAACAAUUACCAGAGAGCCCCUCAAGACCCUCCUUAUCCUCCACCAGGAUACGGAUCUCUUUACCCACCGCCGCAGGGUUACCCGGUAACACAACUACCGCCGGGUUACCCAUCAGCACCACCGCCACCUGGUUACGAAGGCUAUUCUCCACCUCCGCCACCUGGUUACGAAGGCUACCCUCCGCCGCCGCCGCCACCUGGUUAUGGAACAACGUACCCGCCGCAUCAUCCUCAAUACCAAACCUAUCAAGGCUAUUUCAAUAAUGGAUAUCCUCCUCCGAAUUAUAAUUUUCACCAUGUUCAGCAUCAUUGCCACGAAGAUAAUAAUAAUAACUCCUGUUUCUCUGGUUUCUUCCAAGGCUGCUUUGCCGCGCUCUGUUGCUGUUGUGUUCUAGAGGAGUGUUGUUUUUGAUGAUCACAAUGAAAGUUGUGUCUUCGGUUUGGUGCACUUGGCUGGUUGGUUAUAUAGCUCUCUGGAUAAAUGUUGCUCAAAUGUUAUGUCUUGCUUGAUUUGUGCGGGAUCUGGGUCUGUGUUAGUCGGUCAUUCUUGUAACUCAUGGUUUUCACCCAUGCCUUUUUUGGGUUGUUUAUAGUUUUUGUGAAUCUCUGUGUAUGCUUAUUAUGUAUUGGAAAUAGUAAACAGCAGUUGCUGUGUGGAAUUACAACCUAAAUUAUUAAUACACCUUGAUAUAUUCUGUAAACACCACUUUUUUUCUA